AUGGCACUUGAUAGCAACAAAACCUAUGAACUACCCAAAAAAUACACGUACCUGAAAGAUUUGGGUGAGGGCUCAUUUGGGGUAGUGGUACAGUGUUUGAACACAGACACCAACAAAACUGUGGCCAUAAAGAUCCCCAAAGUGAAACUGUUACAUGACAGCGAGGUAAGUAUUUUUGUUUUGAAAGCUCACAGCAGAUUUUGUACAUAUGGAGAUACAGCAGGUGUUGUAUAUUUACAAAGUUAUAGUUAAGUUGUCUGUCAGUAGCUGCAGUAUAAACAAUACGGGUAAAAGAGACUGAGAAAUCUGCAUUUGCUUUUUAAUCAAACAUUUGGAAGUCAAUUUGAAUUUUAAUUUGUGCCACAUCUAAGAGUGGCUUGAAUCAUUUUUUGAGUGUAGGUCAUCUUAAUAAAUGUGAUUGACUCACCUCUGGCUUAGUUCAGGUAGAAAGUAAGACCUGGGAAUGAAGUAAUAGUCUGACUGACUGACUGACUAAAUAUAGAUGUGAACAUUAAAACAUGAACAUUAAAACAUGUGCUUUGUGUCCUCAGAUGAAAUCGAUGAGAAUGUUGAUGAGGCGAGGGCUAAACCGUCACAACAUUGUCACGUUCCAUGAAAGCUUCAGUACGAUGAAUGGGGAAGCGCUGGUCUUUGAAAAUUUAGGUAUCGACAUAGACAGCUACAUAGAUGAAGUUGUACGCGGACCAAUGAUGUUGUCCGACAUCAGGACCAUCACUGUGCAGGUUUGUAUACACACCAUCCUGCAGAAAGAGUUUGUAUCUCCAAAUAUAUAUUCUUAAUUAUUCAUUUCAUUGUAUUAGUCUGUUUAACUUUUGCAGUCCUCUAUAAUGUGUUUCUAUUGUUCUCUUUAUAGAUUGCCACAGCCUUGAAUGCUUUAAAGAAGAUUGGGGUUAUCCACAGAGAUAUAAAACCAGACAACGUCAUGCUGGUGGAUAAGACCCGACCCUUCAGAGUCAAGCUGAUCGACUUUGGCUUUGCCACAUCAACUUUCCUAACCCAGACUGGCGAGAUUCUUCAAGUUCCGUGCUUCAGGUAAGCCCAGUAAAAUGCUGGUAAUGUACAUGCAUGUAAUAAAACGCGGGUGAAACAAAACAGUACCAAUACAUGUGUCUUGACUUCUUUAUGAUUGUGUUGCUGACAUUAUCUCUCUUUUUUUUUUUUCUUCCAUUAAUAGAGCUCCGGAGAUUAUUCUAGGUCUACGAUAUUCAGAGGCCAUCGACAUGUGGUCAGUGGGCUGCAUGGUGUUCUACAUGCUUACUCACAGGCUCCUGUUUAGAGGAAGAACUGCUUAUGACAUAGUAAGUGUUUUUAUAUAUUUUCCUCAUUUUCUCACUUUAGCCAGGUUGAAACUAGUUGUGUUGGUGUUGCAUGUGCUUAUGUUUUUAUGUGUUUAAUUAACAGCUCUAUCAGAUCAUCGAAACCUGUGGACAGCCACCGAACCAUAUGUUGAACAAAGGGAAAUAUACAAAAGAGUAUUUUCUGAAGACCGUGAAAAAUGGCUGGAUACUAGGGGUAUUAUAUCAAUUAUCAGUAUUAUUUUAUCAUUAUCUUUGUAUGUAAAUAGGACUAAUGUCCAUUGUUGGGAAAAAUAACCUUCAUAUAAAACAUAUAACCUUCUUUCAGACACCUAAAGAGUACUGGGGCAUCAAUGUAAAAGACCGCCUACGGCGACAGUUUACCAGCCUGGAUGAUCUCCAAAAAGUAAGUGUGAUGUUUGGAAUGUUUCACCAUUAAAUUGGUUUAAAGGAGGGGUAUCAUGCAUUUUUUUUUUUUCAGACUCUAUAUUUCUCACAGUGGUAUAUUAAAAUAUCAUUAUUGUCGCUGCCGUCCUAAACACUCUAUUUAAGCUGCUGUCCCUUUUAUACCCCCUUUAUAUAUAUGUGAGUGUGUGUGUGUGUGUGUUGUAAUUUUUGAAACAUGGAAAAAAUAUUAAUUAUUGAAAAGCAUGACUUCCCAUUCCCCCCAAAAAAAGAAACAAAAAAGAAUCAUCAGGAUGACUUGACUAAUUGUGUUUUUUUUUAACCAGGAGGGAAUGAACACACAUGAGCCUCAACAGUUCAAGCAGUGCAUGAAGCUGAUAAAGGCCAUGUUGAAUUUAAGUCAAUAUAACAGGAUCACUCCCUGUGAUGUCCUCAGACAUCCGUUCAUCACCCAGUAAGUGUGAUUUUCUUUAAACCAUGCAAUUGUUUUUAAGAUCAAAGUAAAGAGAGGCCAGAAUUGUUUUUGCCAUUGGUCCUUACAAACCUUUUAGCUACAGUCCCAUGAGUUUAACACAUAAUUUUUCUUUCUAACAGGGAAAAUCAGACCAAGACCAGAGCGAGUACAUCUGUGCGACCCUUGGAUUUCAAUCCCAGUGCAGCUCCUUUGGUCGAUCUGAUCGCUCAAACAAAGGUGAGUAUGGUCCAACCUGCUUCACCCGAGAACACAAUGCAGCUGACACCCUUGGAAUUUAAUCCCAGUGCAGCUCCUUCGGUCGAUCUCAUCACUCCUACAAAGGUGAUUAUGGUCCAACCUGCUUCACCCGAGAACACAUCGCAGCUGGAAGACACCGAAAGAGAAGUCAGGUAAGAGAAACAAGUUCAUUACUAAUUCUUGACAACAGAAGGUGAUGCUCAUGGGAGAUCAGCAAACACUCCCAAUUUUCCCGAUCACGUCACACUCAAGGUCCAAAGAUGAUUGUCUGUGGUCAUUUACCAUUAUAAUGAAUGGGAGGCGCAGUUUCUACCAAAACACUCGCUGCAGACAAACUACAUGUCCUAUUUGAAAAAAGUCUGGACCAUGAGUGAGGGCACAAACACAGCUAGGAUAUAUCCAAAUGGCAAGUUGCUCCUCCUUUCGGUUUUGCAUAGAGAGCGGUGUGUUUGAGCCAUUGAGCGAUGGGCAGGAAAAACUUGACUUUUUCUCCUGCCUUGGGGGGGCGCUCUUUUGGUGAGAAAAAAUUACUUCACAAAUGUGUUGAUGGCUGGACAUUGCAUCAUCCUAGAAAACUUGGAGGCCAGUGAGGACAAAAAUAAAAAGUUAUAAGACUUUUAAGAAUGUGGACUUUUGGGUUAUCUUUGGCGCCCCCUAGAACCUAAACCGUAGGGUGCAGCGUCAUGAUUUGAACAACUUUGAAUGGCCAUGGGGUGUAGAUUGGCCUGAGCAAAUUUGGUGCCGGUAGAACGAAAGCCUUCGGAGGAGUUAGCGAAAUUCAAAUGUGUGCGGAUCGGCAAAAAAUGCGAAGUAGCCCUUUAACCGUACAUUUGACAGAUACGCCCGCGCUGACUUUUUUGUAGAUCUUAUUGAGAUACACGUGUGUGUCAAAUUUUGUGUCAUUUUGACAAAGCGAACUGGCGUCAGGUGAAUUUUCACCUUAGGGGGCGCUAUGGAGCCAUUUUGCAUUUUAUUGUUUGGGCGACUUCAGAAUAUCAAAUUUUUCACCAGGCCCGGUCUUCCUGCCAAAUUUCAUGAGUUGUCGCCAAUGGGAAGUGAGUUUUUUUCCCCUUUAAAGCGGAGGAAAAAUUUAGAAAGAAAAACCCAUCAGGAACAAGAGGGCUCUCGCAGCUGCUUAGCAGCUACGCUCGGGCCCUAAUAAAAGCAGCACCUGGAAUCUGGUCUCUGUAGCCAGGAAGGGAGCAGAGCACUUUCUGUAUUUAGAUUGAGCAACAUAUAUUUCCACCCAAGCACUUGUCCACUAACAGCUGGUGGUAAAGUCCUUUAUUUCCAGUGUUUGUACAAAAAUGUCAAGGUUAUCACAAUACACUUAUUAUAAUGUAAUACUGUUAGUUUGCUAUCGCCUCAUGUGUAAAGACUGCAAGAUUGGAAAUUGCAGCUCUGCCAUACUGCCAUGUAAGUAGAGAGAAAAAGAAACUUAAAAAAAAAAAAGCCAAGCCCUGGGCCAAAUAGCACUUCCCCUCCCUCGACAAUCUGAUCUUGAAUAUGUGUGACAUGACAGUAUUGUUACGCUGAAGGACAAUUUCUCAACUCAAUGGGAAAGGCAACAUACACAACACUCUGGGUGUUGCACAGCCCAGGGCCUGCUCCCCUGUGCAGCUGAGGUAAACUAGAGUGAAGAAGUGAUGGGAGCUAUGUUAUCAGGCAGAGUUAAUUUUAUUUUCAGUCAAGUUAUCAACAAAAGAAGCCAUAUGUAGUGGCCGUGUUGACAGAUGUGGCCAUAGUACACACUGACGGGAUAAUUCCCAGCAGCUUUCAUGUCACCUGAAGUGAACAUGUGGGAUAAUCCCAUUAAAGGGAGGCCAUGCCUCAUGUUGUCAUUAUGAUGGGGAAUACAGCAGGUGACAAAGCUGGGAGGAUAUGAGAGGAUUAUCUUAAUUUGCUUUUCAACAAGCUCUGAAGGAUGUUCACCUAAAUAACAUACAUUGUUAGCGCAGAGUGUAGGUGUGUGUUUGCAGGAGUGGUGGCAGCUGUGUAUGAUAUGUUUAUCCUGCGUGCUUAAUGAAGGCUCGUGCUGUCAGUCAAGCAGCUGGUGGAACCCUUCUUGGUGAUGUGCACCACAGGAGACCAGAUUUAACUUCAUCUAUAAAUCAUCAAUCAAACUUUAUUUUUACGGCACUGCUAUCUUUUAAUUUGACUGUGAGGGUUAAGACGUGGUGUUUAUGCAGACAGAGAGGAUGCUCCUGUGGGGAUUGGAGCUACAGUACGGAUGUGCAUGGACACAAUCUCAUGGGGCAAAGCAUACAUUUUUAUUAAACGUGUCUGUGAUGGGCCCUGUUGUUGCAAAUGACAGACUAAAAAUAAGGAAUGGGUCUCGUUUUGUGCACUUUUUCGGACUCCCUGCCCCUAUAUAAUCCACGUCCUUGUGCAUUAUGAUGCAUGAGGACUGGUGAGAAUUUGCUUAUUGCAUUCAAAAAGAGAUUACUUUAUAUUGCUUGAAACCUAUGAGGCUACCCAGUCCAGUUAUGAGCCCCCAUAAGCCCUGAUGGCAUUACUUCUUACCCUUGUUGGUGACCAGAGCACAUUGUGGCUGCUGUGUACGUCUAGUCCUAAAAUAAACAGCAUAUGUUCACGUUUUAGACCUACUGUACAUAGCAGCGAUAGUGUGCUAUACUUUUUUUUUGAUUAUAUGAAAAAAAUAUUUCUUAUUUGGAGCACAGGUCCCAUAGAGGCAUGGCAGGACAGUAAUCCAUACAGUAAUAUAUUUUUUAUUAAAGCCUCUACAAAAUCCCAUUAACAUGAAAUCUUGUCUGGCCAUAUGGAAAAUAAGUUCAGUGUGAUAUCAGAAGUUAAGUUGAACUACAGCACCUCUGUUUUCAGAGCUGAGGCUUCUGCCUUAGGCCUUAAAUGGAUCUGCACCCAUCAAUAUCUAACUCUUGGAGGAAUAAAUCAGUCGUUUAGCAGUCAGUCUCCAGAGCGGUGGACUCAAGAGGGCUAAAACAGUGCACAUUUCCAUUUUCUUCUGUCAGAUCAACUCGGUCUGGUGCUAUCAAGGCCUAAUGGAUAGUAUAAUCUUCAAAAUAACCAGCUCUAUGUGAGCACUAAGCACAAUCUCUUCUUCUUAGGAUUGGGGAAGUUAAACCAAAGAGCACCCAGGAGACUUCAGGGUGUAAUGGAAAACUGUAAACUUGUCCUAUUACACUGCUCAAAACAUAAUGGGGCAUACAUCCCAGAUCUCGAUGAAUGAAACAUCCCAGCUGAAAAUUCUUUUGGGUUAAAUGGUUUGAUAUGCUGAGAGCAAAAUUAGGUUAGAGCAAUUUAAUGGAACCCAAAACCAUUAACCCACUGAAGACUGGAUUCAGGAUCUUGCUCACAAUCAAAGUGGAAAAAUGAGAUCACACGCUGAUCAAACUUUCUUCAGGACCACACACAAUGUGGCUCAGUAGUGCCUCUACGUACCUGAAUGCAUUUUUCUUUUAAAUAAAACUAUGCAUUUUUAUGUUAUUUUCUGUAAACUCAUUUAGUAAACUCCACAUCUGAAUUCCUUUCAACAUCUUCAUCCUCACUCUCUGCCGCCUGUGUUUCUGCUCUCUCACUUUCAUCUUUACCCUCUUCCACCGCUUCCUCCACAUUCCUCCCUGACAUAUCUCUGGCUCUGUAGAGUGUGUGUGACAUAAAUAAAUUUUAUAGUAUUUCCUUUAAUAUAACUAUUUGUAAUAGAUUCUCAGUUUCGGGCAGUUUUUAAAAAUGUUGUCCGAUCGCCACGAAAUUUGCACCAUACAAUCUUAACUCAGAGGGGAAAAGAAAUUUAGAAGAACUUUUUCAAAACUUCAAAAAUGUGGCCACCAGGGGCCGCCAAAGAAACAUGAUUUUUUUUUUUGACGCAGCUCCACGAAAUUUUACACACUCGUAAACCUCACUGAGACGCACAGAAAUUCACCAUUCGCGUUUCUUGAAAACGUACAUGCAACAGGAUAUUCGUGGUUGUUCAGGCACUUUUUUUCAUUCGCAUAGGUUUUUCAAAGCUCCUAACUCUUUCGUAUUUUGUCUGAUCAACACCACAUUUGCUCAUACCAACCAACACGUCAUGGAAAAUAUAACUUCUGAAGGUUGUUUGCAUAUAUUGAGCAAUUCGGCCUCCAGGGGCUGCCAAAGUCAUCGUUUUGUUCCAAUUGAUAAAUGGCUAUAUCUCUGUCAUGUUUUCAUCUAUCAGCCUCAAAAUUUCUGGGACGAUGAAACAAGUCACAUGUUUUGGCGUGCCAACUAAUUUGGCAGUAACUCGGCCAAAACGUGCUCCGACCUUCACCAAAAUUCAGUAUGUUGAUAAUGGUCCGGCCCCCAACGCAUCAACACCAAAUUUGGCUCUGUAUGUGACAGCGCCACCUAGCUACAACACUAAGUAUUGCAGGUCACAUUGAGGUAGACUUGGCACGUGAAGGAGGACAACUGUGGUUUUUUUCUCGCUUUCUAACUCCACAAGGUCGCGUGUGGAGUGAGGGGCGUGGCCACGGCAACGCAGCGAACGACCACUAGAGGAGGGCUAUGGCCGGGUGAGGCGACAGUGGAGGCGGGCGACAGCCGGGGUGUGACAGCGACGCAGGGAAGCGAGAGCCGGAGCGUGGGGCGACGGCUGGAGGGGGGGCCGCGAUGGGGGCGGCGGUUGCGGGGAGGGCCCGCCAGUGCCCCACCGGGGCCCUAGUUUAGAUGGUCAGCGAUGGUGUCAGUUUAAAAGGUAAUAAAAACUCUGUCUCUGUUCUCCGAAUUGACCAAUCGUGAAGAGUCAGAGGUUUGGACAACCUCCAGUCGUUUCACUUAGGUAACCUGAAAGUGCAAACAAGUCUGGAAAGAUUUAUAUCCUGUGUCCUUGGACCAGAUAAGAAAAGUUUCCUGCGAGGAAUGUGUGAGUUUCACAUACAGGGUUGUCUUGAUUGCUACAAACUGAUUGAAUCUAACCAGCGUGCUAAACGUUAGACUGCAUUACUUAUUUAACUAAAAAAACAGUGAAACACACAUAUUAAGAGUUUUCUUGAGCUGACAUGGGGGGAAAAGUGAGCUAGCUUACAAACCACAUCCAAGGACAAAGCUAAUAUUACAUAGCUUUCCACUACAUGAACCACUGAUAAACCCACCUUUCUUCGUGAAAUACUGGGUGACAUACUGUCGACCCUUUAGAUCUUUCUCCUCUCUUCGUUUCCUUUCUUUGUGUUUUUGGCUGCCUGGUUUUUGAGGCAGACUGUCUUUUCUGCUGAUCCAUAGCCGCUCUGGUGCCAUCGACUGUGAUAUGCAGCUGCGCUGCAGGCAGCAGAUUUGGUCGGACUGA